UGACCCUUUCGUUCUCGAUACGAUCCGAAGCAUUCCGUGUUCGAGGUCACGUGAUAACGUCGCCUCUGUCGGGGUGGUUUUACUUCCCCUCUUCUUUUAUUUUGAAUUAGUAUUCAUAUUCCUUAGGACCAUUUUAACGGAUUUACUGUGAUUUUAAAGCCGAAACAAUGGCGUACGACGGAUACCCACAGGACGAGUACAUGGAUCCCGAAGACGAAUGGGAUCGCGAGCAACUUCUAGACCCUGCAUGGGAAAAACAACAGAAAAAGACUUUCACAGCAUGGUGCAACUCACACUUGAGGAAAGCUGGUACACAAAUAGAAAACAUAGAAGAGGACUUUCGAAAUGGCUUGAAGCUGAUGCUAUUACUUGAAGUGAUUUCUGGUGAACAAUUGCCGAAACCGGACAGGGGAAAAAUGAGAUUCCAUAAGAUAGCCAAUGUGAACAAAGCCUUGGACUUUAUAGCUACCAAAGGAGUUAAACUGGUUUCAAUUGGUGCAGAAGAAAUUGUUGACGGCAAUGUAAAAAUGACACUAGGUAUGAUCUGGACCAUUAUCCUGCGAUUUGCCAUCCAAGACAUUACAGUAGAAGAAUUGACGGCAAAAGAAGGCUUACUUCUGUGGUGCCAGAGAAAAACAGCGCCAUACAAGAAUGUUAACGUUCAGAACUUUCAUCUCAGCUGGAAAGAUGGCUUGGCCUUCUGCGCCCUUAUACAUCGACAUAGACCAGAACUUCUUGACAUCUACAAACUUUCGAGGGAUAAUCCAAUUGAGAACUUGAACACAGCCUUCGAUGUGGCCGAGAAACAUUUGGACAUCCCACGCAUGUUGGAUGCAGAAGACAUGGUGAACUCUGCCAAGCCAGAUGAGAGGUCAGUGAUGACCUAUGUCUCCGCAUACUACCAUGCCUUUUCUGGGGCUCAGCAGGCAGAGACUGCGGCCAACAGGAUCUGCAAGGUGUUGAAGGUCAACCAGGAAAAUGAACGACUCAUGGAGGAAUACGAGAGACUCGCCAGUGACUUGUUGGCCUGGAUCAGAAAGACAACACCAUGGCUUGAAAACCGCACGACAGACAACACCCUGCCAGGAACACAACGCAAAUUGGACGAGUUCCGUGACUACCGCCGCAAACACAAGCCACCCAAGCUAGAGGACAAAGCUAGGCUGGAGAACAGCUUCAACACGCUGCAGACCCGACUCAGGCUUAGCAACAGGCCUGCCUACCUGCCCACUGAGGGGAAAAUGGUCUCCGACAUUGCCAAUGCCUGGAAGGGACUGGAGACUGCUGAGAAAGGCUUUGAAGAAUGGCUGCUGUCAGAGCUGCAGAGGUUGGAGCGUCUGGACCACCUGGCCCAGAAGUUCCGCCACCGCUGUGAGAUCCAUGAGGACUGGGCGGAGGGCAAGGAGGAGAUGCUGCAGAGUCAGGACUUCAAACGAUGCAGGCUCAACGAUGUUAAGGCUAUGAAGAAGAAACACGAGGCCUUUGAGAGUGACCUGGCGGCUCACCAGGACAGAGUGGAGCAGAUUGCUGCAAUCGCACAGGAACUCAACGCGUUGCAGUACCAUGAUAUUCUAGCAGUGAAUACGCGAUGCUCUCGUAUCUGUGACCAAUGGGACAGACUGGGCACCCUCACUUCCUCCAGGAGGGCAGCACUGGAUGAGGCUGAAACCAUUCUUGAAAAGAUUGACUCUCUGCAUUUAGAGUUUGCCAAACGUGCAGCACCCUUCAACAACUGGCUGGACGGAGCCAAGGAAGAUCUGUUGGACAUGUUCAUUGUGCACACAACUGAGGAGAUACAGGAGCUGUUUGAGGCCCAUGAGCAGUUCAAGUCCACGCUGCCCGAGGCUGACAAGGAGUACAACUCCAUCAUGCGCCUCUCCCAGGAGGUGCUCCGUCUUUCAUCCUCCAUCGGCAUCAACAACCCAGAGAACCCGUACACCACCGUAAACCCACAGGACAUCGCAAGCAAGUGGUCAGACGUGCGCCAACUGGUGCCGCAGCGAGACAGCACACUCAGCGGGGAGAUGGCAAAGCAGCAGCGCAAUGAGCGUCUGCGUCGAGAGUUCGCGCAAAAGGCCAACGUUGUGGGCCCGUGGAUAGAGAACCAGCUGGAUGCGGUGGCGUCUAUCACGAUACAGAUGAAGGGUUCGCUGGAGGAUCAGCUCAACAAACUGCACCAGUACGAGAAGUCUGUGCAGCAGUACAAGCCCCACAUGGAUGACCUGGAGACCAUCAACCAGGAGGUACAGGAAGCUAUGAUCUUCGAAAAUAGAUACACUCACUACACAAUGGAGACCCUACGUGUUGGUUGGGAGCAGCUGUUGACGGCCAUUGCUAGGAACAUUAACGAAGUAGAGAAUCAGAUUUUAACCCGAGACUCAAAGGGCAUCAGCGAGGAUCAGAUGAACGAGUUCCGACUGUCGUUCAACCACUUCGACAAGAACCGCUCGCGUCGUCUCGAGCCCAAAGAGUUCAAGGCCUGCCUCGUCAGCCUCGGAUACAAUAUCAGAGACGACAGACAGGGCGAUGCUGACUUCCAGAGGAUCAUGUCCAUCGUAGACCCGAACCACAGCGGCUACGUGACGUUUGAAUGCUUCCUGGACUUCAUGACGCGCGAGACGGCAGACACGGACACAGCGGAGCAGGUCAUGCAGUCCUUCAAGAUUCUUGCUGGAGACAAGCCAUUUAUCACAGCCCAGAUCCUACGUCAGGAGUUGCCCCCUGACCAGGCUGAGUACUGCAUCCAGAGGAUGGCACCCUACACAGGCAGAGAUGCCGUGCCAGGUGCCCUGGACUACAUGAGCUUCUCAACGGCGCUGUAUGGGGAGAGUGACUUGUGAGCGUGUGUGCCAUCCAGGGGUAGACAACGUUAGUUGUCAUGCCAUUUCCCACACCCCAGCCAACUGCCGGCUCCCAUCACCUGUAUGAAUUUCCGUAGAUUGGAGACGCUAUUUGAAACAGCAGCAGAGUGGUUAUGCAAAAGAACUAGUUGAAAUUCUUUUGAGAAGAACUUGUAUACUUGUUCUUAUAUGCAUGUAUGUGCAUUGAUUUUAUUUCUGAUCAUUUAAGUCAAGUUAGGUUUGUUAUUUGAGUAAAUAGGAAUUGAAUGGUAGAUGUUUAGUUUCAUCGGGUUUUAUGAAUGUUUUUGACAUGAAAAUUGCCUUUGCUUUGAUGUAAAAACAAUGUCUUGAAAGAGUAUACAUGAAUCGUGUGUCACUAUCCAUAAAUGUCUAUUCUGCAGAAGUAUAUACAGAUGACUGUUGCCUGGUUUACUAAUGUGUAUGUAGUCAGGUGCUGGUGUAAGUAUCAACUUCUAUACAUGGAUCGGUGUAUUGUCAUUGUAUAUUGACUGUAACCUUCCAAACCAGUUUUAACCUCAUUAUGUUUUAAUGCUGUCAUUUUUUUCUGUGUCUGUUAAAUUUUCAUCAAUCCAGCUAUUUGAUGAACAAUUAUAACCCAGAAUUAUUGGAAUAAUUUUUUGCAGUGACGUAAAAAAUGAGCGAUUUCUGAAAAUUUAAGAAAUAGGAGGACCAGUCAACUGUUUGCCCACAACACUUGACUGGUUUUUCCUGUUUCCUUGUAAAUUAUUACAAGUUCUACUCCAUUGGGUAUACCAUUCGACUGAUGGCCCAUAUUUCUUGACUGGUUCCCCGCUGGUUUUGUCUCAUCUUGUGGCAUUGCGAUUUGGGUCGUGUACAUGUGUACUAGUGACAGAUUUGAAGAGGAAGGCUUUAUGGCUAAGAUCAAGUUUGCCGAUCUCUAUGCUUAUUUUGCUUCAGGUGGAUAUUUUACCAAAAUAGAGCGGUUAAGUCAUGAUUACAUACAUACAUACAUACAUGCAAUACAACUGAAGGAAAAUAUGCAUUGCUUUUAACAAUCAAAUACUUGUUAACUUUUUUUGUAUGGAGAUGGAAAGAUAAAAUAAUUAAAUGUUAUUUUUAUAGCACUAGUUAUACAAUGUAGACACUUGUAUUAUUUACGCUAGUGGUCUUUGAUCAAAUAUAAUGCAUUUGUUUGUUACUAAAGCCUUUUUACUAUUGUUAUAAACUGUAGUACUAUUUUUCUGUAAAUAAUGCCGCAGUAUAGGCCUCUUCUGUAUUUCUUAAUAGCUUGUAAACUGUAAUCAUUUAGUUUGUAAAACACUUAAAGGGUAAGGUAAAGAUACAAGAUUGUGGAGACAGUCUUAAGUCUUCAAGUUCUUGUAGUAUUUUGAUUCGAGGCAGGCCUUUUACUUGUAUUGAAAUGUAUAAAUUUUUGUCUUCUAUAAUUUAUUUCAGUUUGUGUUACUUUAUAAAACUAUAAAUAGUGAGAACUAUUUUAACCAACUUAUAUGCUCGUAUGAUUUUUGGCAUUGUUAUUCUUUAUAUGAAAUCUCAUAUCACUUGCUUGAAUUCGGUAAAUGCUUAUGUUUGAUGACAAAAGUUAUUCAAUUCGGUUAACAUGAUGUACAUUCAUUUGUUUUUCCUGUAUUGUUGUUGGGCUGUUGUUUUAAGGGUGAACUUUAGAGUUUUGUGCAGUUUUUAACAAUCAAAUAUACACAGUUUAUCCUUUCUGCCGAGUGGUUUAUUAGACCUUGUAUGUUUGUGAAAGUUAGUUACAAUAAAACCAAAACGUGUGCACAGAGGUGACAGAUAUCUGCAGUUUAGACGUGGUCAUGAAUUCAGGGUGUUGUGAACAGGGGUUUAAAACAUGCCAUAUUGGCCCCAAUGUGCACUGGUAUAGGGACAUACACACAUAAACAUGCAUGGAACAUCAUUCAUUUAUUGCGGGACUCGGAUUGAUAAAGGUUCACUUCACCCUGUAUUCACGUCUCCACUCGAACAGUUUUCUUGUUUUAAGACUUGAGGAAUAAUUUUAAAAUUAAGAAAAAGGUUUAAAUGUUUCGUUUCCUUAUUCAUAUAUUGGAUAUAAAUCAAAUAGAUUCCAGCUAGUAUGCACUUUGCCUCGCCCUUUCAACAGUGGUGUAUUUGCAAUUUUUCAAUAUCUUCUGUUCCAAUCAAAAGAUUCAUGCUUUUUUGUAUCAUUUUAUAGCAUUGUUAUGGCUGCUGAUAUUGUUGACAUGUGAGAUCCAUUGAAUUGUAUUCUGCUUUCUGCCAAUUGGACUUAGGUUUCCCAUUACUAGUAAAAUAUAAAUCAUGACUUAACCAGUAAUGAAAUUUGGAAUUAAACAAAUAAAAAUGUAUAUAAAUUCA